CCCGCAUCUGCACUGCACUUGAGAGAUAAAUUUCCACACUUCUUGUUUUGUUUUAUUUCCCUUCGAUUUCGCCAUUCUACUCCUCAAUUAUGAUGUCCCAGAGCUAUAGUCACCCUUCACGAUACGAACUAAAAAACCAGCGGACGUCUCAUUUCUCAUCGCAUGCUUCAAUAUACGACCGAGGAAGACAGUAUAAUUGGACUUCCUUAAUUUCGCCCUCUUCACCGUACGAUGACUCUGAACCCAUGCCAAGUAUACCCGUUGCUUCCGCUGCAUAUUUACAACCACAACAGCAACAACAGCAAUUACACCGCCACCAGGAUCAUCAAACUCAAGAACAACAACAACAACAACAGCAUCAACAAAUAGCGCCUUUAUCGCCCCAAAAAUCAAAGCAACUCAAGAAGCCACGGCAAACACAACAACAGCAACAAUACAACCAGCAACCACGCUCAAAUCACCAGCCGAUUAUGCUGACAGUUGAAGAAAAGUUACAACGAAUACCCGAUCCUCCAUUGUGCUUUUGUGGUCAAGAAGCAUUCCAAUCGGAAUCCGACCUUGGCAUCAGUUAUGAUUGUUAUGCUUUACAAAGCAAAGACCGCAAACGUAUCUGCGGAUUCCAUAUCCACAAGCGCGCGUGGGACAGCUUCCGAAACAAGCUGCAAAAGGGCCAAGACUUGGACCAGCACGACUCGGAGCUCAGCAUAUGUCCCUUUUUCAAUUAUACGUUCUGCGUGUGCUUCCAAUAUAUCAACGACUACCCACGACGCUUCCCGCCGACUCCCAAAUGCUUUUGUAGCAUGCAUGUAAUCAUUGCCGAGGUCGAGGAGGAGCAGGAAUGCGGUGGCAUACGGAAACGGUUUGCGUUCAACUGUCCUCAUCAUGCCAUUGACGGCGCCAAACCCAAGUGCACUUGGUCUUGCUGGGCUGAGGAAGUGCCGUUCAGACGUCCCAAAUUUGCAUUGCACUCGGAAGAAGCGGAUGAAUAUUACUUGCCAAUAAUUGCUCGUUGGAAGGGCAUCACUCUUGCUGCCGCCGAGCGUCAUCUGUCCGAACUCUGUGACAGUCGAUAUGAUCAAGAGCAGAGCUCGACGCAAGAACCACGAAGGCAAGAUCAAGCUGUGGUGGAGGAGUUGGAAGAGCAGGUAGACCACCAAGAAGAACGACAGCAGCUGCAGCAACAGGAGCAGCAGCAGGUUCUGCGGAAAGACGAAGAGGAAUGACUUGUGUGGAUUUG